AUGCUAGAGAACAAAACACUGCUAAAUGAGUGUGAUAUUUUGUGGCUGUGCGUUAACACAACCGUUGGCUACAAUGAUGAACAGCCGGAGCUCUCAAGAGAAAUUAGAACUAUUCAAGGAGUAGUAAUUUUAACAAUAUCUUUAUUGAUUAUUGCCAGUAACGUGAUCAAUGUGGUCGUUUUAAGAGCUAUUCUUGCCCCUUUUUUAAGCAGUUUCACCAUCGUGUUUACAUCAAUUAGCAUUACGCGAGCCUUAAAGAAAGGAAACGUUGGCAGCACUAUCAACACAGAUGGCAUCGCGUCAAACGGAAACGAUAACAGAAGAAGACAUAGGGAGAGAAAAGCCGUUCAACUGAUUAUCACCGCAACGGUGAUGUUCUUCGCCUUUUGGGGCCCUUAUGUUGUGGUGACAUUGACCAGUGUGUUCGGUAAAGUCGUGAUUCCUGUUUGGUUGGAAUUCACCGUGACAUGGAUGGGAAAUGCUAACAGUUUUGUUAAUGUGAUGAUUUACUCCUGGAUUUACCCGGCAUUUAGGAGCGAAGCAAAAUCGUUGAUGUGGAACACAAUACGGUGUCAGUGUUGUCGGAAUUCACGCCACCGCAGAAGAGUUGAUCCCGACGUGACAGAAUCGAACGGCUCUUGUUGA